CUGGGAGGUGACUGAGCGUGGAGGGGACUCCAGGGGGAUGACUCCAGCAGAGCACCCCGUCCCUUUGAAGAGCUCAGAGGAAGAUGUCGGCCCAGUCCCUUCCUACAGCAACACCCCCUACCCAGAAGCCCCCUCGGAUCAUCCGCCCCCGGCCCCCUUCUCGCGUCCGGGCUGCCCACUCCCCAGGGCCUCCCCAGAACGGCUCCUCUCCGCAAGCACCGCCCAGAACCUCCAAGGAUACCCCAGCUCCCAUGUGCACCCCUCUCUUCUGGGAGCCCCCAGCCGCAUCCCUCAAGCCCCCUGCCCUCUUGCCCCCCUCAGCUUCUAGAAACAGCCUCGACUCCCAGACUUCCCCGGACUCACCCGCCCGCACCCCCAGUCCCGUGUCGAGGCGCUCCAUCUCCCCAGAACCUGCUCCUCGCUCUCCUGUCCCCCCACCCAAGCCCUCGGCGUCGCCCUGCACCGCUCUGCCUGCGCUCCCCACGGCUGAGGGCCCCGCCCAGGACGGCCCCGCCUCGGCCCCCGGCACGGUUCGGAGACUGGCUGGCAGGUUUGAAUGGGGGACUGAAGGCCGGGCCCAGGCUGCGGCCGCCCCAGAGCAGGGCUCCCCAGCAGGAGCGGAGGUGAACGGGGAGAGAGAGGCUCUGCAGGGCGCCCCCGCCGGGGGCGGGCCCCAGGAGAAUGGCGCUCCAGAUGCUGCCCUGGCCUGCCCUCCCUACUGCCCCUGUAUCUGCCACACAUCCCGGCCUGGCCUGGAGCUCCGAUGGGUGCCAGUGGGGGCCUCUGAGGAUGGCCCCAAGGCCCCCUGCCGGGCCUCCCCACUUCGGGCCUCUCGCUCUCGCCCCAGCCCUCCAAGCAUCAGUCACCCUGCUGUGGUCCUCACCUCCUACCGCUCCACCGCGGAGCGCAAACUCCUGCCGCCCCUCAAACCCCCCAAGCCAGCUCGGGCCAGGCAGGACGCCAUGGUCCCUGAGGACCCCCCACAACCAGCUGUGCACCUGCCUUCCGAAGAUGGAAUCCAAACAGGGGACAGUCCUGAUGAAGCUCCUACUCUGAGCGCGCCUCCAGCAGCCGUGGAAGGAAGAGACGAGGAGGGGCUGGAAGGGCUGAAGGAGCAGAGCUGGGAGCUGCCCCUGCAGGACGAACCUCUGUACCAGACCUACCGCGCUGCCGUGCUGUCCGAAGAACUGUGGGGGGUUGGUGAGGAUGGGGGUCCUCCUCCCGCCAAUCCUGGAGAAACUCCCGCCUUCGCACGCCCCCCUGGACCUCGCAACACCCUGUGGCAAGAGCUUCCAGCCGUGCAAGCCAGCGGCCUCCUGGACACCCUCAGCCCCCAGGAGAGGCGCAUGCAGGAGAGCCUGUUUGAGGUGGUGACAUCAGAGGCCUCCUACCUGCGCUCGCUGCGGCUGCUGACCGACACCUUCGUGCUGAGCCAGGCCCUCCGGGACACGCUCACCCCCAGGGACCACCACACCCUCUUCUCCAACGUGCAGCGCGUCCAGGGCGUCAGCGAGCGGUUCCUCGGGACACUGCUGAGCCGGGUGCGCUCUUCUCCGCACAUCAGCGACCUGUGUGACGUGGUGCACAGCCACGCCGUGGGGCCUUUCUCUGUGUACGUGGAUUACGUGCGGAACCAGCAGUACCAGGAGGAGACCUACAGCCGCCUCAUGGACACGAACGUGCGCUUCUCGGCGGAGCUGCGGCGGCUGCAGAGCCUCCCCAAGUGCGAGCGGCUCCCGCUGCCCUCCUUCCUGCUGCUGCCCUUCCAGCGCAUCACCCGGCUCCGCAUGCUGCUGCAGAAUAUCCUACGCCAGACAGAGGAGGGGUCCAGCCGCCAGGAGAAUGCCCAGAAAGCCCUGGGUGCCAUCAGCAAGAUCAUCGAGCGCUGCAGUGCGGAGGUGGGCCGCAUGAAGCAGACCGAGGAGCUGAUCCGGCUCACCCAAAGGCUGCGCUUCCACAAAGUCAAGGCUCUGCCUCUGGUCUCCUGGUCUCGGCGCCUGGAGCUGCAGGGGGAGCUGACCGAGUUGGGGUGCCGCAGGGGGGGCGUGCUCUUCACCUCACGCCCCCGCUUCACCCCUCUCUGCCUGCUGCUCUUCAGUGACCUGCUGCUCAUCACGCAGCCCAAGAGUGGGCAGCGGCUACAGGUUCUGGACUACGCCCAUCGCUCCCUGGUCCAGGCCCAGCAGGUUCCAGACCCAUCUGGACCCCCUACCUUCCGCCUCUCGCUUCUCAGCAAUCACCAGGGCCGCCCUACCCACCGGCUACUCCAAGCGUCAUCCUUGUCAGACAUGCAGCGCUGGCUGGGAGCCUUCCCCACCCCCGGCCCCCUGCCCUGUUCCCCGGACACCAUCUAUGAGGACUAUGAGUGCUCCCAGGAACUGGGCUCAGAGCCAGCUACACCCACUAAGGCCGAGGGACGGAGUCUGGAGUCCAGGGCUCCCCCCAAGCACCUGCACAAGAGCCCUGAAGGCUGGCUGAGAGGACUUCCUGGGGCCUUCCCUGCCCAGCUGGUGUGUGAAGUCACAGGGGAGCAGGAGAGGAGGAAGCACCUUCGCCAGCACCAGCGGCUUCUCCAGGCCAUUGAGCCCUCUUCAGGACCCCCCAGCGCUCCCCCACCCUAAUGCAGGCUGGGGAGGGGCACAGGCUGUGACAGCUGGCGGCGUGGCGUGGAGAUGACCAACCUUGCCCCUGCCUUCACUGGAUCCACUGUCCACGGAAACACUACCUCUGGUGGCAACCAAUAGGGAUGGAGCUUGAGGACAGGGUAGCCAAUGAAAACAGGACUGUCUAAGCUCGCGGUGGUAUGAGUGUGUUGCUAAGGAGACAGAGGCUUAGUAUAGAGUGGCCAAUGGGUACUGAGCUGGCCUACCUCCCAGCCAAUGAGUAUCCCUGCUCUGCCUAUAGCCAAGGAAGCCAAAGCUACAUCAAUGCAGGCAAAAAAAAAAAAAAAGGCUCCAUUGGGGAUAAAGGUCAAGGAAACAGUAGCCAACAAGGGUGAGCAAGGACUCAACCAGCCCAAGAAGAUCGUGCUUGGGGCCCAAGAGCCCUGUCUUCAUCCCGCGUGGUUCUAUGACUGGGAAGUAUUAGAUUGGAUUCCUGGCUGCCUCCUGUGCCCUCCCCAGCCAAUUCCAGAGUGUGUGUACAUGUAGCAGGGAAGCCAACUGCUGAGUGUGUGGUGGUCGCUUCCUGCUCCCUGAUGGCUGAAUGCUCCAUUUCUUUCCUGAUUGUUCUCUCCAAGAAAGACACUGGGGCUGUGCUCCUGGGUGUGGCUCGGCAGUCGGAGGCCAGAGCCAGGGAUGAGAGCCUGGGUUCUGGAGUCAAAGGCUCUGGGACAGUUGGCUGGGGUGUUCGAGAACGACCAGGCAGCCAGCAGUUGCCCAAGGGACUGAAGAUGGCCAGUAGCUGGGGCCCAAGGCCGCUUGAUGUCUCCAGGGGCUUCUCCUUGUCCCUUAUGCUGGCCUCCAUACUCCCUGCCUCCGUAGCCUCCACCUUGAACUGUUGUCCAAUGCCAAACCUCGGCCUCAGGUCUCAGAACUGCUGAGUUCCGGGUUCGGGGGAAGAACUGGGUGCUUCGGUUCAGGGACCAGCUGGUGAGCCUACUGGGCUCUGUGGCCUUCAUCCUGGUCCUCACGGAAACCCCACGGUGCUGAGAGAAUGGAGCUGGUGUUGCUGCCCGACCUCAUCCAUGCCUGCUACCGGAUGACAAACUG